UGGGUUCAGCUGGGUUCCCCAGUCUGGGGUUAGGAUCCAGCAAGUGUUCCCAAGACACAAUAAAGUAAUUGGAGGUCGAGGAUGGCCGCGGACGUGGAUCAAACAGCCCCCGAGGAUGGGCACCGGUCCCGGUGUUCAGGAUCCCGGGUCUCCAGAGUGAUGUGGACGCUGCUCAUGGUCGCUGCUGUCCCUCUUCUCGCGUUUGGGAUCAAGUAUUACCAAGAUGCCCAGUUCCUCAAACGACAAGAAGAGAGUGUUCGAUCUCUGGGUGCCGAGGGGCUUUUUCUCUUCUCCUCCUUAGACACCGACCAUGACCUCUAUCUCAGUCCGGAAGAGUUUAAACCCAUUGCAGAGAAACUCACAGGGAUUACACCCCCGGUCGAUGUUGAGGAGGAAGUGAUCCAUGACCCUAAUGGAGAAACUUUGACUUUGGAGGCCAAAAUGCAGCCUCUGAUACUUGACACAAUGACAAAAAGCAAGGAUGGCUUUCUUGGGGUUUCUCACAGCUCUCUGGCUGGCCUGCGCUCAUGGAAGAGCCCGGCAGUGCCUUCCUCUUCCUUCUCUGCCAGCCAGUUCAGGGUCUUCUUGCCCCCAAAGAACAAGGUGGAAGUGGGAGACACGUGGUGGGUGAUUCCCAGCGAGCUCAACAUCUUCACUGGGUACCUGCCCAACAAUCGUUACCAUCCUCCCACACCAAAGGGAAAAGAGGUUCUCAUCCACUCCUUGCUGAGCAUGUUUCAUCCCCGGCCCUUCAUCAAAUCACGUUUUGCUCCUCAGGGUGCAGUCGCCUGCAUUCGUGCCAGCAACGACUUUUAUUAUGACAUUGUCUUCAGGAUUCAUGCAGAGUUUCAGCUGAAUGAAGUUCCAGACUUUCCCUUCUGGUUCACGCCGGGGCAAAUGACCGGCAACAUAGUUCUCUCUAAAGACGCUUCACAUGUCCGCCACUUCCACCUCUAUGUCCCCAGUAACAGGUCUCUAAAUGUGGACAUGGAGUGGCUGUACGGGGCUAGCGAGAGCAGCAACAUGGAGGUGGACAUCGGAUACCUGCCACAGUUGGAGCUGCAGUCCACAGGCCCGUCCACUCCCUCCAUCAUCACGGAUGAGGAGGGCAACAUCAUCGACAGUCGAACCGGCAGGAGCGGCGAGCCGAUCCAGUUUGUCUUUGAGGACAUCCACUGGAACGCAGAGAUUAGUCGGAAGGAAGCCGCUCACAACCUGGAGGUCACUUUCUACCCGUUUAAGAAGGUGUCCUACUUGCCUUUUUCUGAGGCCUUUGAGCGAGCUGAAGCAGAUAAAAAGUUGGUACAUUCCAUUCUGCUUUGGGGAGCAUUAGACGAUCAGUCCUGCUGAGGUUCGGGGCGAACUCUCCGGGAGACAGUCCUGGAAAGUUCGCCCGUCCUGGCCCUGCUCAACCAGAGCUUCAUCAGCAGCUGGUCUCUGGUCAAAGAGCUGGAGAACAUGCAGGCUGAUGAACAGAACCCUGCGUUGAGUGAAAAGGCUCGUUUACACCUGGAGAACUACAACUUCCCUGUGGAGAUGAUGUUGGCUCUUCCCAAUGGAACUAUUGUCCACCACAUCAAUGCAAACUUCUUCCUGGACCAGACAGCCAUGAAACCAGAGGAGGAAGGAGCCACUUUCAGCUUCUCUGGGGGGUUUGAGGACCCCUCCACUUCUACUUACAUCAGUUUCCUGAAAGAGGGGUUGGAAAAAGCCAAGCAGUACUUGGCACAGUAGAGUGUGUGUGUGCGUUUUCGCCCGUGUGUAUGCGAUAGAGCCUGCAAGACUAAAGUGGAGGAAGUCAUCAUCAUUCCUCUGGGUAAUGAACCGAGAUAAUGAAAACCCUCCAACAAUUAGAGGGAAGCUUUCUCAUCUGUGUUGGCAGCUGAAAAAUCUUUUCCUCUUUUACUAUUUAUUUAGGCGUGAUCAAAAAAUGUAUACUAAUUUACCAGUAUUUCUAUUGUGCAUAGCACAUAUUAAUUACCUACAGGGAAAUAUUACAUCUCAAACCUGUCAAUAUAGUACAUUAUAAUGACAUAAAAAAGGCCUCCCAUACUGAGCAGCUGCAAAUAUUUAAACACAUUUAGAUCUGCUUUCAGCUGCUGAUUAAAGUCAUUCCUUCCCACAACCUUCCUGUGACAAAUCACAAGUGCAUCAUAACAAACUGAAACAUUUAAUUGACCUUCUUUUAAAUAGUGCAAUAUUUAAAUACUGAACAGUAGAUGUGUUUCUGUGUUUUCCUGCUGUUUUUUACUCAGAGACAGGGUUAGUGCAGAUGUUGCUUCCAGUUGUGUUUCAGCAGUUUGUGAAGGUUUUGCCUGAAAGCUCUCUACGAGUCGGGCAGGGCCUGAUGUUUAUAGCUGAGGCUGAUGGAGGGAACACCCUUUCUCUGACUCUGGGGACUAAAGCAGCAGGAACAACUAAACUGGACGACGGCAUAUAGUAUGAUGAACCCAGUUGUAUUUUGAGUUUGAAACCAAAUGUCGAAAUGUUUUGCAGAUUUUCUGUUUUGAGGACGAUAUGACCACACCAAAGAGCAUUGUUUUCAUUAUGUAUAGACAGUAGCUGGCUUGCAGCCCUAGAGCAGCUGUUACCAAUAAAUCUAUCAAGUUGCUACUUGGUUCAUAUUUAUGUAACUCAAAAGAACCAAAUGGUCAUAAUCUUUGCAAAAUUGUUUGCUUCUUCAACAGAAAGGCACUGGAUACCAUGACCUGUUAUUACUCUGCUUUAGACUCAAGUCUCAUGUCUUUACACAGACGGAUAUUUAAAAAAAAAAAAAGAUGACAAUCUGAAGGGACCGUUAGUUGUUCUUUUUCUAUUACACAUUAUGUCUCUUUUCACCCUUUUCAAAUGUACAGAAAGAAAUGAUUCCACUUUCUGGCCCUGAUCCUGUUUUUAGUGUGAAACAGAAGAAACCAGGGAUGAAGAAAACUCUUUUGAAUUAAUAGUUGUGCAGUUUGAAUAAGAAUUAACAUGAAAUUGGACUUACAAGGUCUUGACCAUGUGAAAUAUCUGUCUGCUUGGAGCCUUUGAGGGGUUAAACAUUAUUAUUCUGUAACACAACAGUGCCAUUUUUUCACAAGUUGAAAUAAAACAUUUUGGGGUUUUUUUAACAAAUUGAAUUGUGGUCUUAUUUUUCUAUUCAAACAUUUUCAACAUUUACAUGUUCACAUUGUGCUGAUUUUUAUUAACUAAUCUACAUUACUGUACAGCCUAGUAUAUUGGUUUAUCAGAGGCUUGUGAGAGCAGGUUACAGAUACAUUUGAAUGAAAAAAUGCAUUAACUCAAAGUAAUUCUUGAGCUUUUCCCUUCAUGUUCAGAAACCACAGUAAUGUAUGAGUCAGCACUUGAAAUGAAAAGACAUCUGAAUGAGUGAGGCAUAAAAAUUGACCGUACAGAUGUUCUUCAAGUGAGAAGCUUUUCUCAAAGUGGAGCUCCAAGUGUUCUUUAUAUGAUUCAUUUUAGUAUUAAUUUAUGCAGUCUAAGACACUCACUGAUGAAACCCUUUAAAAAUGAACAGAGGCUGAGAAGAAAGAGUCUCAUUUGUGCAGUGCAGCCGCAGUUUGUUUUACAAUAGAUCUAUUCAUAAGAAGAUUAACGUGUUCCAGCAUUAACCCAACACACUUCUAUGACAGCGGGGACAUGCAUUACCUACGAAGAUGUGUACCAUCAUGUUCACAUGAUAAACGAUGAGAUAUCAUGGCAUUGCUAUCACUGAUUCACAUUAAAGAGAAAAGUGCAAAGUCUGAGACUUGUAACCCGUUCCAUUCAAACACCAGGAUUCAAAGAAUCCAGUUUCCUAACAGUUCAGCUGGACUCAGUUUAGGAGUUUGGUCGCCAAACCCACAGAAAUGAGUAAACCAUGAAACAGUCCAACAUUAGAACCCACUCUGGGACAGUGAGCGCUCCAAGAUCAGCUUUGUUUGGUUCAUUUAAGUUCAUUACAGUCCACAGCACUUAAUCACACGGAUAAAUCCAACAGUUUAUGGUAGAUUUUUGACAUUUAAGCCGCAUGUAUUUUGCUCAGAGAUAAAUGCUGUCUUGAUAAAGCCGAUCGGCAGCGUCGAGGCGAGUCAAGGAGAAAC